AUGACUUCCAAGCCAAGGAAUGGCGUCACUAUACGCACAAUGAACCCGGAGGACUAUGAAAACGUGAAAGCAUUCAUGAAGACGGAGUACUUUACAGCGGAGCCCCUGUGCCAGUCCAGCGGUGAACCCGUUCACCUGCAGAACGAGGAGGAAAAUGACGCGAUCAAGCUCUCGAUGAUCCACCAGGACACAUGUCUUUUGGCCCUCGACGAGAGCAGCGGUGGUCGAAUUGUGGGCUUCGUCCUGGCAGGAGUCUAGUUCUCCAAGGAUGUGGAACCGCAGCCACCGGCGACCGAGACUCUGGAGCAGAACGCUUGGGGUCGCAUCUACAUCAUACUCAUCAAGGCCAAGCACGAAGCCAAUCUCUUUCAGCGCUACGGCAUCUCGAAAGCGCUCUACUCCCACGUCACCUGUGUGGCCACCGCGAUGAGGGGCAAGGGCUUGGGUUCCCGCCUCACCGCCACUUUGGUGGACGUGGGUCGGUCCAGGGGACUGCCCGUCUUGGUGGCCUACUGCACAAGCUUUUACUCUGCUCGCCAGAAGGAAGAGCUGGGCAUGGAGUGCAUUUACUCCCUCGACUACGCCGACCACAAGGACGAUCAAGGACGAGUGAUCUUUGCACCGGCAGAACCAAACACAACGUUGCGAGUAAUGGCCAUGAGACUGUAA